CAAUUUUGCCCAUUCUUUCGCUCCAGUCCUCAAAUUGUACUGUACGAAAAGCCCCCAACUAGCACCCGCCAAAUGCCGCCAACCAUUCCCCCGGCGCUCUCUGAGAUUGCCGAGCACCCAAUGACGCGCAUGGCCCUGCUGGAGUCCGCUGCCAAGGUCGGCCAGCGAGGAGGCGCUACAGCCAAUUCGGGCGACUUUCCUUCUCUUGUUGCGCAACCAACCAGCACAGCCAAAUCCGGAACAGCCUCGUCUGCUUCUUCUGCCUCGACUUCGUCGGGUUCUACGUCGUACUGCGCCAUGUCGACAGCUGCCAAGGCUGUGCGCCCGCGACGAAACAUUCGCUUUGUCGCUCCCAACGAUCCCAGCGUUCUUCUCAGCCUGCUGUUUGAAUACGAAUCCCGGAGCGAUGAUUCUGAUGCCACCGCUGCCACCGCCACCAACGACGACGCUGUUGUGUCUUCACCAUCCUACUGCAUGGACUGCUACUAUGGCUACCCAGCGCGACAGGUGGCCGCGGCACACUGCGAAAUGCACAUGACGGAUUGUGCAACUUCAUCACAUUUCCAAAUGGAGGCUGACGACGCCACAAACGCCGACGACCACCGGGACGACCAAGCCGACGCCAUCGAGGCAUCUCUGUACAACAAGCACCGUGGAGACAGCGUGCGUCGAUCCACGAGCGAAAACCGCUCGGACAAGAUCCGCCCCAAGCGCCGUUACAAUGUCAACAUGUUGCGUCGCGCGGAGGCUCGCAAGCAACGCAUCUGCGAUCAGAUUGCUGCCGAGAAGGCGAAUCGCCCCAACUUUGCCCGCGAUUACUGGAUUGAGCAGGUUCUGCCCAACCAGGAGGCUGCCGUUUUCUCGAGCCGCUUGGCACCCUCGACGAUUCCUGCCCUGCAGCCCAAAGCCCGCAAAGCCGCUGCACGCCAUGCGCACCCGUAUGGCGGCGGUCACCGUCACGAGCAAGAUCCUGCGCUCGGUGUGCGCCACGCGGUUACUCAGGGCGCCAACCCGCUUGGCAUUGACAACCAGCUGAUGAACCUGCUCAUCCAGCUCCAGCACCGUGACAUCACCCCCGAGGACUACGACGCACUCCUGACUUUGGAUGCGUCGGUGGCCCGCCCCACCGUCAGCCGCAGCACCAUCAACAGCUUCCCGACCCGCGUUCUCGAGCACGACAUUCUCGAAGUCGUCUGCACCGUCUGCCUCAUGCCCUUCGAUGCCCAGCAAACUGUUCGUACCCUCAGCUGCGGGCACGAGUUCCACCGCGAUUGCAUUGACAACUGGCUGUCCCAGUCUUCGUUGAACUGCCCUGUGGACAACCUCCCGGUGACUACCCGGUGAAGAUUCAAGCCUUCCCUUAAGAGUCGCCAAGAGUUGUUGGGAGCUUUUCGAUAAUAAAAUCUCAUUGUUAACCAUGGAAAAAAAACAAACCAGUGAUACAAAC